AUGUCGACCGUCGUCGCAGCACCGGCUCGUAGCAUGGCGGCGCCGUCGCAGCACAUCGAUGGUCGUCGAAGCACUGGCUCGCAACAUGAUGGUGCCUCCGAAGCAUCGUUGGAGCAGCUGGGGCACCGUCGCAGCAUCGCCGCGCGAUGGAAGCAACCCGGGCCACUCGCGCCAUGGAAGCAAUCCUGCAUCAUUGAGGCGGUGGAGUUUUUUUCCAGCUCAUUGGUGGAGCUUGUUGCGGCGGUGGUGGAGGUGGUGGUGGAGAAGUUGGGGCAGUGUGGUGGAGGCGGUGGAGGUGAAGCUCCGGCAGUUUGGUGGAAUUUCCCGCUCCGAUUCCGGUGA